AUGAGUUCCGUGUCGUGGACAUGUGUUUUCUAUCCCGUUGCAUUCAGUUUUCUCGUAAUUUUUUCGGACAUAAGGACAGGUGCAACCCUGGAAGGUUCCUCUAUGGGACCACUCAGUCUGCCUUACAGUCAGGAGCCGGUGGCGUUUCCACACAUCGUUCGAGUAACCGAUGUGAAGGCGUCACAGGAAGGCCACGCGCUCGUCUCUCGAAAGAAGAGGAACAUCCUUUACCCGAGCGGAGUCAAACUGUGCGCUCAGGAGACAGCGCAGCAGGUUGUCUCCAACCACCUGAGCUACUUUCAUCUGAGAGUAUGCCAGGAGACCAUAUGGGAGGCUUUCAAGAUCUUCUGGGACCGACUCCCCGAGCAAGAGGAGUACCAAAGCUGGAUGAGCCAGUGCCAGGAGGGCACAGUCACGGCACAAAAUGUUGGCAGCUUCUUCAGCCAGUCCGAGGAGCACGAGACUCUGGUCAAAAAGAGAAUGUCCCGGCCUGGUGUGAAAAGUGAACCCAACAGGUCCUGGCAAAAUAUGUGCAGCACGCCGGCACCAGACACAUCAGAAGCUCCUCAGCCAGCUAAGGCAGAGGAGGUGGUGGUGGUGGUGGAUGCAGUCACCAAUGCCCCAGAUUUGAUGGAAAGUACUCUGGACAAUGACAUCGCCGUGCAGCCUCCCACGCCCGCCAUGCUGGAGCAGGUGGUGGAGCUCAGCAUCCUCCUGACCAGACAGUCGUACAGCAGCGACCUCAAGGAUCCUGCCAGCCUCCAGUUCCAGAUGCUCAGUCGACAGCUGGCAGAGAAGAUCGCAGAGGCGCUGGAGGGUCUUCCUGGAUUUAAGAGUGUGUCAGUGCUGGACUUCAGGCCUCAGAAGGACAGCCAAGGGUUGGAUGGCGUGGUGGUGGACUACGCCGUCACUGUGGCCGUGGAUGCAGCGGGUGUGAGCAACGACCAGCUGGACUACCUGACCCUGCAGUCCAACCGGGUGGAGAACUCCUACCAGGAGGUCAAGGAGCGGCCGACAGUGGUGCAAACCAUCAGCGAGGUCAAGAACUUUGUCACUGAGGCUCUUCAAAACAACGAGCUGGAGGCUGUGUCUGAAAUCCCAGAGUCUGUCAGCGCUGCAGAUGGAGUCAUGGCGGUGGUUGUGGACGAGCCGCAGGAGAUCACGAUCCUGGAAGAAGACGUUGAAGAUGUCGACCUGCCCGAGCCCUCAGAAACCGUCACCGCAUCAACGGCAGGAAACGAUGUUAUCGUUCUGGAGGAGAGCACUGUUGUGUCUGCAGCUCCAGUCCUGGUCACCAGUGCACCUGAAACUGACAGCAUGGAGGAGGAGGGUCUGUUGGUGGAGGACACUGUGCAGGCUCCUGCUGUAGAGAACCCCCCACCAGAGGAGCUACCGGCUGAACUUCCCUCCACUGAGCUGCCAGAGGACGUCACGCUGCCUGAACCUCCGAUGGAGAUCGAGGCCUCGGGCUCUGACCUGGAGGACUCGCUGCAGCCGACCCCAUCCUUAGAGGACGUGGAGAUUCCAGAGGAGACGGAGAGUUCCACGAUUGUGACCGGAACCACGGAAGAAGAAAGUCUGCCUGCUCUCGUCCCACCUCCUGAGGCUGUAGAUGAAGCAGGUGAAGCAGCAGAUCCAGAAUCAGCAGAAACUGGCCUGUUUCCUGUGGACGGAGAGUCGGUGGAGGUGAUAACCGAAUCUGUAACUGUAGAGGAAUCUGUCAUCGAAGAUCACGGUUUGGAGGAGGCAGCAUCAGAGAGCGAAGGACGAGAGGUGAAGGUGGACUUGGAAUCACCUGAAGCUCCGGUUGUAGAGAACGAGACCACAGGAGCUCCCUCAAUUUCAACACAAGACCUCACAGAGGACGAGGUUUUACUGGUGAACGUGGAUGAAGAAGAACCACCUGGGACAGAAUCUUUGAAUCCUGUCCAACCAACCGCCCUGUCCCCGGAGAAGGAGUCGCCUUUCACCCGCGUCUCUGACGUUGACCCUGCCUCUGAGGGGCCACCUGACAUCUUCAUCCCUUCACUGGUGGAGAUCCAGACCUCUAUCGAAGGCUUGGAUGAUUCCACCAUUGGAGAGCCGGGCUUCGACUUGGUUAAUUAUGGUUAUGGUUUGAUUAACCACACGGAGGAGGGCAGCACUGGAUUCCCGUUCGAUGUUGCAUACGGCCCCGACCAGGUCAGCAUCGCCAUGCCUGCGAACCCUGGACGAGCACUGAUGGUGUUCUUCAGCCUGAGGGUGACCAACAUGAUCUUCUCCGACGAUCUCUUCAACAAGAACUCGCCAGAGUACAAAGCUUUGGAGCAACGCUUUCUAGAGCUGCUCGUGCCCUACCUGCAGUCCAACCUGACUAACUUUGAGAACCUGGAGAUCCUGAACUUCAGGAACGGAAGCAUUGUGGUGAACAGCCGGAUGAAAUUUGGGAAACCUGUGGCUCAGGCCGUCACCUCCUCCGUCUACCUGAUCCUGGAAGACUUCUGUAACACAGCCUACCAGACCAUGAACCUGGCCAUUGAUAAGUACUCUCUGGAUGUAGAGUCAGGUGACCAGGCUGACCCCUGCAAGUUCCAGGCCUGUAACGAGUAUGCAGAGUGUAAGGUGAACAAGUGGUCGGGGGAGGCGGAGUGUGUCUGUAACGCCGGCUACUUCAGCGUGGCCGACCUGCCCUGUCAGAGCAUCUGCGAUCUGCAGACUGACUUCUGCCUCAAUGACGGAAAGUGUGACAUCAUCCCCGGCCAGGGAGCCAUCUGCAGGUGUCGUGUCGGGGAGAACUGGUGGUACCGAGGAGAACACUGUGAGGAGUAUGUGUCCGAGCCGCUGGUGGUUGGCAUAGCGAUCGCCUCCGUAGCUGGUUUCUUACUGGUGGCCUCCGGCGUGAUCUUUUUCCUCGCCAGGACGUUACGGGAUCAGUACGACAAGGAUGAGUCAGAGGAUCCCAUAAGGGGAGCAGAGAGUCUCCCGUCUCUGGAGAGGGCGACCAAGUACAAUCCCAUGUAUGAGAGUGAGGCGACCACAGGCUAUAGCCACUACUACCGCCGCUAUCCGGAAUAUCCAGUGCACAGCAGCGCCAGUGCUGAGGCCUCCACGGACUUCAGCAGCGAGGAGAUCCGACACAUCUACGAGAACAGUGAAUUAACCAAGGAGGAAAUCCAAGACAGGAUACGCAUCAUUGAGCUGUACGCUAAGGACCGGCAGUUUGCAGACUUUGUACGGCAGCAUCAAGCGGUCAUCGAUACCCGCAGAGAGAGCUCCGCUUCACAGACUUGAAACUUUGCUGUCAAC